UGAAGCUUUGAAAACUACCAAUCAUGAUAAUGAUUCCCCAAGUAUUUAUAGUGGUAUCCUUGGUCAUGUUCAUAGGUGAGUCCGGUGUUGAUGGACGUCUAGGUACGUUCCAGAAAGGUUGUAAUGAUGCAGACGAUUGUUCAAAAGGGGAGUACUGUGGCAAAAGCAAAAUAUGCAAAGAUACUAAAUACGAUGGGGCAGAUUGCAAGAAGAGUGAGCAUUGCAAAAGUGGUAUAUGUUUAAACAACAUAUGCCGAUCUUGCAAAGUAGAUGCUGACUGUCCCAGUAAAGGAGAACGUAUAUUUCGUCGUCGACUAUUUGCUGAUCACCAAAGCGUAAACUUCUGCUUUGAUAACGAAUGUGUGACGUGUACACAGGACGGUCACUGCCAAAAGGGACAGGUGUGCACAAGCGACAACAGAUGUGAAGAGUGCGACUCAGACGAGGACUGUGGCGACAGUGUUUGUUCCAAAGCUGGUGUUCACAACUGGUGCGCCCAAUGUUACAAUGACGACCACUGUCCAGACAGUCAAAAAUGCUCCUAUGGGAAAUGCGUAGAAUGCAAAGAGGACAGCGACUGUUCAACUGGACGGUGUCAUUUAGCAGAAUGCGUCC